AUGGCUAUUAAUGUAGAAAAAUUAAAAGAUGCUUCUGAAGCAUAUUCUGAUUUCUUGAGUACUAAGAAAAUAACAAUUCUUAUUCAUUCUCCUUCAGGAACAUGGAAAACUACUGCAUUAAGAGAGAUUAUUAUGGCAUUGAAAGAUAAAAUUGAAAGUCUUUUCCAUUUUGAAUUCACAGCCUGUCUCUUUGUGGCUAUUUUUGAUGAGGUUAAUGCUAUUAUGUACCAAAUGUCUAGUGAUACAAAUGCACAAAAAUCUGAAAAUACAAUAUGUGAUAUCUUAAGAUUUGCAAGACAUGUUUUGGCUAUUGAUGCUUUUGCAAAUGAAUCAACAUUAGCAUUUCUUAAGGCAUAUUAUGUUAAAAUUCUUUAUGAUCCAAGUAGUAGAGCUGAAGCUAUAAGAAUAGGUGAACUUGACUGUAUAGCCUAUACAAAUGCUGUAGAGGCAGGAAUAUUAUUCGAAGUUAUGGGCUACUUUGAUAUAGUUAUAGCUAUUACAAACAUCGCCACUUCUGUUCAUAUUGAGGCCCUUGCACAAAUGCUUUAUCGAAUUCAUGACUUUUCUCAUCGUCAUAAAAAUAUUCGAGCAGAACUUGAAAGUUCUCAACCUAAUAAUUUACCUAUAAAUCUUGGUUCUGAAGAAGCUGAAAAUCUUAAGUUUAACCAAAAACGCUCUAUUCUAUUUACUAUAGCUCUUAAACAAUGUUUUAGUCUAUCUGAACCUUGGAAACAUUUUUUAUACUUAUCUCAUUUCCAGAAGCAAGGUUGUGAUGAAGAUAGUACAAUAGAAGCAAUACCAAAUCUUAAUUCAGCUAUAAAGGCAUAUGAUGGUCUUGGUUUUGAAGAUAAAGGUGCACCAGAACUUUUACUAUAUAGGCUAAAUACAGAUAAUGAGGUUCAGAAACUCUUUGAUUCUAAAAGAUAA